AUGGAGAAACAUGAGCUUGAAAUGACAAAAGUUAAGGAGAAAUAUAAUGCUGAACUGCAUGAAAUUCAAGAGAAACAUGAAACUGAGCUGCAAGAGAAAGAUCAGGCCCUGUUUCAGCUGAAGAAACAAGUGGCAGAAUUAAGUAGUAGCGGACGGACUAACUCAGAAGAAGUUAGAGAUCUGGAGGCUGUAACCAAAGAGAAGAUGGAAGAUUUAGAAGUACUAGUGAAAUUGAAAACAGAAGAGGCCAGCAAAUCUGAAGCAAAGUUUCUGAAAAUGAAGGCUUGGUCUAAAUCAAGAAUUAAGCAACUGGAGGAUGAACUAAAAAAUUUUUCAUCAAAGAAUAAUGAUGUAUCUACCUUAAACAAUCGUGUCUCAGAAUUAGAAAUUGAAAAUGAAGAACUACAGUCAAAACUGCAAUCCUUAUAUGAAAUCAGGACUCAAAAUGAAGAAUUGCUGACUAAGCUGGAAAUCUAUGAAGAGCAGCAAAGGAAAUUGCAAGCUGAUCUUGACCAAGUUACAAAAAGGGCAGCUUCACAGGCCAGUGAAUCAGGUAGUGUGGAUGAAUUGCCGAGUCAGCUCUUGGAAUGGCAAGAAAAUGUACCAGAGUCAGAGGAGUCCCAUGAUCAAGUCAGAGAAGAGAAAUCUGCUAUGGCCUUGAGGAUGGCUCAGAUUGAGGAGGAGAGAGAAGCCAUAGUCUCAGGGCAACAGGAGCUGGAGGAGGAACUGGCCACAGUUCAAGGAAUGGGCAGGCUGCAGCAGGCAAGAAGAAAAAGCAAUCAGACCAGCAGGAAGCUUCAGGGAGAGUACAACUUCGAUAGAAAACAAUGCUUUCAAGAAUUGAACGUCACCUUGGAUAGCACUGAUUCAGCCGAAGGAGAAAAUAUGGGAGGUUUACGGAGUGUGGUUGAAGAGUUGGAACUGGAAAGAAAUCAACUGCAGGAGCAAAUUCUUUUUCUAGAAGAGCGUUGUCAGGAUUUGGAAGAUAGAUUGCAGCUUCAAGGUAGAAUGGAGGCUCUUCAGAAUGAAAAUGAACGUUUGCAAACUCAACUCACCCAAUUACGCAACCAACAAAUGCGAGAUGCGGAAAAACAUCAAAUUCUGAUCUCUGGCUUGAAUGAGCAGCUUAAAGGAUUAAGUGACAGAAAUAGCUUCCUUGAAACUUCACUUGGAGAAAAAGAACAAAAACUGUUGACCACAACAGAAAAACUAGAACAAAUUGAAACUUUGAGGAAACUGCUUCAAGAAAAGGACCUUCUGAACAAAGAGCUUGGUGAAAAGUUUGUGCAUACUGAGCAAAAACUGAAUGAAGCCUUAAAGAAAUGCAGUGUUUAUGAAGUGGAGAACACUGAGCAGAAAACAGUCAUCGGUGAUCUAACAGAAAAAGUUGCUACACUGAAGGAAAAGACUUUGAAACAAGAUGGCGUGGUAGAGUCGAUGCAGCUGGAUCUGGACCAGACAAAUGAAGAGCUUGACAAAUUGAAUACAAGCCAUUUAGAGGAAAGAUCUCAGCUUAUUCAAGAUCUCCAGAAACGUGAAAGAGAAAUUGAUAAUCUUAAAGAAGCACUGGCAGAAAAAGACAGGGAGAUGUCUGUCCUGUCUUUGAAUAUGACAGAAUAUUCUGAACAGGUUAUCAUCCUGAAGCGUCAAGUGCAACACAAAGAGGAAGAAAUACGAGGGAUGGAAGAGGCUUUAUCAAAGGCUGAAAGGGAAGCUCAUUUACUGAAAGAAGUACAAACAGCUGAUGUAAAAGAUGCAAGCAUGAAGAUAUCUGUCCUUUCUGAGCAAAGUAAUACAAUGAGACUAGAGCUAGAAAGAGUUAGAGUUGAGAAUGAAGCUAAAACCAAAGAAAAUGAGGAAUUAAUAAGACAAAGCAGUGAGAACAGCAUUACAAUUAAGGAUCUCCGUUCUGAAAUCAAAGCCAACAAUGUUGCAUACCGUAACAAACUUGCAGAGUGUGAGUCACAAAUUACUUUGCUGAAAGAACAAAUUAGUAAAUCAUCUGAAAAGCUACAAGAAACCGAGGAUAAACAAAGAAAAGAAACAGAAUAUUUGAAAUCUCAGCUUGAGGAAAACAAUACUCUAAAGGAAAAAUGGAACAAUUUACUUGAAGAGAAAGAGAGUAAAGCACAGACACUUGAAAAUGAGUUAAAAUCAAUUAAAGAUUCAUACAACAACCUGGUUUUGGAAAAUGCUAAAAAAGAUGAAGAGUUGGCUGAGUUAUCUAGGAAGCUUAUAGAACAUACUGAACAUCAGGAAACAAUUAAAAAAGAAUUACAAGAGAAACAAGAGGUCAUUAUUUCAUUAGAGCAGAAGCUUGGGGUUUUGGAGCAGCAAAAUGAGGAGACUAAACUUAAAUUAACUGGAGAUCUGAAAGCCAAAGAGACGUGUUGCAAAGAACUUAAUAACCAAUUAAAUGAAAUACAGAAACAAAUUACCAAGAUGGAAACAGAGACACGGGAGAAAGCUUCAGCUAAUAAGCAAUUGCAGGCAGAUCUUGAAGGGAAAGAAGAAAAACUGCUGAGGGAUACUAGAGACAAAGAAAUAAAGAAAGAAGAAAUGUUAAAUAAUAAGUUAUCUGAAUGCAGUAGCUUAAUCCAAGAACUCAGCCAUAGUAAGGAGAAGAAUUUACUACUGCAGGAACAAAUUCAAAGCGUAACUUUGGAUCUUGAAGCUACAAACAGGUGUCUAGAUGAGAAAAUCCUUCAAAAUGAUUCGUUGUGUAAGGCAAUGGAAGAGAAGGAGAGAGACCUGACUGUAAAAAGUCAGCGUUCAGAACUUGAGAAGUUUCAUAGGCAAGUUUCUGACAAAAUGGAAGAAAGUACAGUGUUAAGUAAUCAGCUACAGCUAUUAAGCAAAGAAGUGGAUGUGCUUAAGCAUGAAAAGGAGGACUUUUCAAACUUACUGAGCGAGAAGUUACGUGAAUAUGAAGUUCUUCAGUUACAGUUGGUACAGCAGCAGUCUGAAACUACUUCAGCAAGGCAACAAGCACAUACAGCAGCUCUAGAAAAUGAAAAAUUGAAAUUAGACAUUGAAACAGUUAAUGUUACAGUAAUGAAAAAGUCAGACGAAGUAGCUGCUUUAACUUCACACUUGUCCCAACAAAGUCAUAAUAUUUUAGCUCUAAAGGACCAAAUUGAUGGCCUCUUGAUUGAAAAAGAAAACUUAAAAAUUGUCUUGGCAGAAAAAGAAACUCUCCUUUCUGAAAAGGAGGCUUUGAUUCAGCAAAUGAAAGAUAGUAAAGUGGCAGGAGAAGGGCAAUAUAUGCAAAUCAUUUCAGAUCUGCAAAAGCAAAUACAAGCUCUAGGUUUUGAAACCAGCCAGCUUAGACACACAAUGCAGGAAAAAGAAAAUGAAGUUAAGAGGCAAGCCCAAGAAUUAAAGUUAUUAAAAGAUAAAUCUGAAGAGUCUGAUGUACUUAGGGUUCAACUGUCUGAGAAUAUGGAGGUUAUUUCUGACCUUCAGUAUCAGCUUAGAAAUGUGACAGAAAAAUCAUCCCAGUUGAAUGAUUCAAUUAUACAGAAGGAUGAAUCUUUAAAACAAAAGUUAGGUGAAUACAUCACUUUAAAAGCACAGCUUUCUGAGGUACAGGAAUCUUCUGUUUUGCAGCAGAAACAGUUGGAGCUUUCAGUCUCUGAAGCAGAAAAACUAAAAGUGCUUGUUUCGGAAAAAGAAUUAACCAUCAACAAUAUUUCAUUAUCUAGUGAAAAAUUAAAGAUGCAACUUCAAGAGAAAGAGAAAGAAUGUGAGGUCUUAAAGAAACAGGUGGUAGAGCUGGAGGAAGUGAAGGUGAAUUUACAAAAAGAAAUACAACACCAGAAGAAUGUAAUAAUUGAGAUGGACCAGUGCUUAUCAGAAAAGGAGUCAUGUCUUACAGAAAAUAAAAGUCUCCUCAAAACUCUGAAGGAGAAAGCAAGGAAAGAUGAAGAGAAGACAAAUUUAAUUUCUCAGCUCAAAAGUCAGGUACAGGAACUAACACAAGAACUACAGAAAUCUAAAGAACUAGUCCAUGAGAGAGAAAAUGCCUUUUUAUCUCUUCAGGAGAAAAUUGAAGCACAGUCUGAACAAAGAACUGAGUUGAAUGCAGCUCUUGGGAAAAAAGAAGAAGUUAUUGCUGAACUGCUUAAUUCUUUAAAGGAGAAAGAUACCAGUGUACAGUUGGCAGAUAGCAAUGUUAAUGCUCUUUCUAGUGAGAUUGAGGUUCUCAGAGAAAAAUUAGAGAAAAGUGAUACAGCCAUGAAAAACCUUACUAAGGAAUUUCAGGAAAAGAACGAGAAGCUUGGUAUUAAUCAGAAGGAAAUUGAUUCUUUGACAAUUCAACUUGACUCUCUUAAAAACGAACACCAAAAAGCACUAGACCAAAUAAGUACAAGGGAAGAAGAACUACAGCAAAAAGAAUUGGCUGUGGAGUCUCUGCGUGUGAAGUGCACUGAACAGGCAGAUAACAUAGCAUGUUUGAAGUUAGAGUUGAGCAAUGUAAAUUCCAAAUCAUCUCAAGACUGCCAUGACAGUGCGCUUUUAAUAGGUAGUCUGCGGUACCAGAUAGAGUCUUUAGAGAAAGAAAAAAAUCAGUUGCAAGAUGAUGCUGAUAAACUGAUGGCUGAAAACACACAACUUAGUACAUCUCAAAAUCAUUUGCAAAAGAAAUUGGAAGAGCUCCAAGAAGUCAAUGAAAAACUAGAAACCAGUGAGAAUUAUUCAAGAAUGCAGUUAGAUGCUGUCAAACUGCAGAUGAAGACUGAAAAAGAGAAGUUACAGAUGCAGGUUAGUGUGAAGGGUGAAGAGCUUUCUAAAUUAGAACUUAAAUUUGAAACUCUAGAACGAAAUCUACUUGAGUCAGAAAACAAAUGGGUGACAGAACUUGAUAGGGCAACUUUACAAAAUAAUAAUCUUACUGAGCAAUUGAGCAGUUUAGAAAGUGAAAUGAAAUCAAAGGAUAGCAAAAUCCAGUCUUUGCAGCAAGAGCUGGAUCUUAUAAAAGAGGAAUUAACUCAAAGCUUAUCUCCAUUACUUAGUAGUAGGCUUUUAUGUAAAGAAAAGAAGGCACAGACUUCAGAUUCUGAUCUGCAGCUAACUGAUAGUAAAAUUCAGUUGGAAAAAUUCUCCACUCUGAUAACCACUAUUUUGAGCAAAGAAACAGAAGGAGAACAGUUGCAACAGAUGCUUUUAGAAAAACAGAAAGAAAUAGACACCAUGAAAGAUGAAUUAAAAAGUAUGCAGUCACUUGAGAAGGAGAAGGAGUUGCUGCAGAAUGAUAUUGAAAAGAUGAAGGGCAAGUACAAAUCUGAAAUUGAGUGUUUGUCAGAAGAAAUGGUCACAGUCAAGGAAACAUUAUGCAAACAACAGUCUCUCUUGCAAGAAAGGGAAGAGUCUUUUGCAGAAAUAAAUAAGCAGGUUGAAUUUCUUCAAGACAAGAUAAAUAAAUCAGAAGUAAUAGUAAGAACCAGUCAAGAAAAACUGCACGUUGAAGGUAAGAAAGUAGCAAGUCUCCUUGAAGAAAUGGGAAAAAAAGAUCAACUCAUUGAGAACUUAACUUCCCAGGUAAAUCAGCAGAAGAAUUUAAUUUCUGGUCUAAGCCAGCAGCUGAAAGAGAAGGACUGUUCUGUUACCCAGAUCAUGGAAUCAUUGUCUAAUGAAAUGCUGAAUUUUUCUGAAGAGAGAAAUACAUUAAAUAGCAAACUGCAAGACCUUGAAGCUGUUCAUAAUAGUUCUGUAGGAGAGCUAAACAGAGUAUUGCAGGAACUUGAGGACUGUAGGAAAGAACUGGAACAUAGUCAGGUUACGUUAAGCAGUAGAGAAGCUGUGUUUAAAGAUUUAAUGAAUGAAAAAGAGGAGAUGCAGUUUAAGCUUGAGAAAAUGGGCAAGGAAAAAGAGAAUCUGAAAAAGAAACUUCAAGCGGCAUUGAUAAUAAGAAGAGAUCUAAUGCAAAAAGUUGGAAAACUAGAAAAGAGUGGACACGAAGAAAUAGAAAAAGAGCAAAAAAAAGCAGAGGAGCUAUUGAAGAAAGUUAAUGAGUUAACAGACAAGCUGAAACUAGUUGAAGAGGAAAAUAAAGAUUUUGAGUCUCAUCUUGGAACUUUGAAGCAACAACUCUUAGAAAAAGAUGCCAAAAUAGGUGACUUGACUGAAAUUUUGUCUUCAAAAGCUGCUUAUUUAGAGGAACUUCAGCACAGUAUUGCAGAACUAAAUGAUGUCAUCGCUGAAAAACAAAAUACAUGUGAGCAGACCCUAAAAUCUUUAGAGGAAAAGGACUGCAUGGUUGCUCAUAUGCAAUCUAUGCUUGAUGAAAAAGCAAGUGCAUAUGAAGAGGAACGUUCUCAGCUGCUCUUAGCUCUUGAAAAGGUGAAGUCUGAAGUUAAAAAGAAGGAAGAAUCGUUGAAAAAUUCCAGUUCAGAAGAGCCUGUUUUAGGUGCUGGGGACACGAAGAAGUGUCUGGACCCCAACAAUGACAUUAAAGUCGUGAAUCAAUUAAGAAAAGAAAAAGAAGCCUUACAGAGGGAGCUUUUGCUGGCUUCACCUAAGGCAGUGCUGGGAGAAGAAGCAGCUGACCUAAGGAAUUUGGAAUCAGACAAACCAAGAUUCAAGAUUCAGUUUGCAUCCUUAAAAGAGUCAGAAAACAUUGCUUCAGUGGCAAGUAAAGACGCUGAGUUGAAAGAACUAAGAAGUAAUUAUGCAAAACUUCAGGAAGAAACAGAAAUGUUAAAGACAGAGUUGAGAAAAACAUCAGUUGAAUUUGGUGAUGAAAGAGAAGAAACAGUCAACUUAAACUCUUUGAGACAGCAGGAGGAGUACCAGCAGCAAAGUGACGGCAGCUUGUUGGAGGACAUAAAGCAGCUACGGAAAAAGCUGAAAGCAUACGAGGCUGAAGCUACAGACAUUAAGACAGCGCUUGAAUAUGUGAAUAAUGAGAAAGAAGCACUUAUUAAAAAAAGUGAAGAGGAUUACAAGAUGAGCCAGGAGAAACUGCAGAGAUUGAGAAUUGAAGCUAAGAAAGAGGUUGCAGAAAAGGAUGCGGAAAUAGAAGCAUUGCGUUGUUCACUUACAGAUUUCAAAGAUAAACUUGAUCGGGAAAAGGAAUUAUUAAACAAAGCUAUAAAGGAGAGCCAAGAAGAAGCCCACCAUUACAGAACAGCAUUUGAAGAAAUGAAGAGUGAAAAAGAGAAACUUCUCAGUUGUUUAGAAAAGUCCAAUUCGGAGCUAAUGAAUAUGAAAAAGGAGGUAAAACAUUUCAGUGAAGAAAAGAAAAAACUUCUGACAGAGCUCUGUAUGCUACAUGAGAAGGCUGAGAUGAGUAGACCUGUGGUGUCAUGCAAAGAGCUUAAGGAAGUAAAUGAUACUGAAAAAGAAUUGGGAGAGUUUUGUUCGGAAAGUAGUUCCUUUCAAGGAAAGUUAAAAGGUAAAGGCACCUGUUUUCAACUGUCAGAGACUGAUUACUCAGGGAAGACUAAACUGAGGGAAGCAACAGAAUGUCAACUCCAGAAACAAAUGAUUGAAGAGCCGCUGGCAAAAACUGCAAAUGUAAAUGAUUCUAAGCCCCAAGAGCAAAGAACUAUAGCAGAAGAGAAGUCCAGAGAGCGCCUUCAAAGAAAAUUACAGGCGGCUUUAAUAUCACGUAAAGAAGCCCUGAGAGAAAAUAAGUGUCUAAAAGACCAGAUUGAUAAGCUGAUGUUGGAAAGAGAAGAACUGGUGAACAAGACAGGUAUGCUUGAACACCUGUUAGAGCUUGGUAGAGAAAACCAAAGUUCAAGUACUGUUUCUCCAUUGUCUGAAGAGGAGAGCCUUGUUUCUGAAAAUGCUAGACUGUUGACUGAAAAUGAAAACCUCACUGCGGCAUGUGAAAGUCUUAAAUCCACCAUGGAGACUAUAGUUCAGGAAAAAGAGGCCUUUUCUUUCCAACUAAAUACCUUAAAAGAUUCUCAGACAGUUGAAUUAACAGGAUGGAAGGCUAAACAUAGUGAGUUAAAGCAGGAGUAUGAAUCACUUCUUCAGGCGUAUGAGAAUAUCAGUAGUAAAAUAGCAGAUAUGAGGCAAGUUAUUGAUAUCAGUAGAAAAGAGAAGCAAGAGGCUAUUCAGAGACUCAGGAAAGGACAAUCUGAGAAGGAGGCUCUUGAGAAGCAUUUACAAAACCUGAUUGAUGAAAAUGAGGUUAUUAAGAAUCAACUGAAACAACUCAGUGAAUCCAAGAAAAUGGAAGUUGACGAAUUACAAAGUAAAGCAGAAGGGCAGAUACGUGAGCAAGAGGCAAGGAUGCAAGAACACCAGGAUCGUCUCCGUGAACUCACUGAACAGAAUCAUCAGCUAAUGGAGGAAAAUGAGCAGCUGAAACAAACUUCUGAAAAUUUAAAGCAGGCUUUAGAGAAAAUUCAGAAUGAAAAUGAUAUCCUUCAUAACAACAUCACUGUAACUAAAGCAGCUUUGGGAGAGCUCCAAGUUCAAAUGGAAGUGUACCAAAAUGAUAUGCAAUCUAAAAUCAGUGAGGCAUUAUAUGAGAAUGAAUCGUUGUUAAAGGACGUUAAUGUGUUAAAGGAUAAACUCUCUGAAAAAGAACAAGAUCUGGACACGGAAUGUAAAAGUCUUGCACAAGAAAUUGUUAGUCUAAAUGAAAAAGUUAAGAUUUUAGAGGAUGAUAAAUGUCUGUUACAGGAAGAAUUAGAAAAUGUACAAGAAAGUUCUUAUAAAGUAAAGAAUGAGAGAGAGUUUCUUGAGACAGAAUUGCUUAAUCAUGUUCAAAAAGUUGAUCAUCUUACUGAUAGAAUGAAAUCAGCACAGGUACAGAAUAACUUGCUGUUACAGCAACUGGAAGAAUUAAAGGCAGAAAAAUGUAACGUGAUUAGAGAAAAAGAAGAACAGCAGUUACAUCUUGUAAAAAUGUUUGAGGAGAAGGUGAAAAGUGCUCAGAGGGAUAAUAAUGGAAGUAAAAACAAAACGAAAGAAUUGCAAGAACUCUUAAAGGAGAAACAGCAGGAGAUCAACCAUUUGCAAAAGGAUUCUAUAAAGUUCCAGGAGCUGAUCCUGGAUUUGGAAAGAUCUGUGAAACUGUCACAGUCAAAAAGUGAAAAAUUUGAAAAGGACCUAAGUAAUAUGUCAGAAAAGCUUGCGAAGUCAAAUGAAGAAAUCUAUCAUCUCAAGGGAAAGCUUGCUUCACAGAUGAACUUGUUGGAUCAGUCAAAGAAUGAAGUGGACAGGCUUAUAGAUGAGAAUCUAAAUUGGAGAAAAGAACUUCAGAAGAAAGAAGACGAACUACAAAUUCAAAAGAGAGAACAUGAGAAAGAAUUGGAAUUUAAUCGUCAACAAUUAAAAUUGGUUCACAAAAGAGAAUUUUUGAACCUAGAGGAAAGACACGGUGCCCUUGAGAGAGAAAAAGAUAGGGCAGUUAGUGAGAUUCAUGGUUUGCAAGAGGAGGUUAGCAUUAAGGACUCUGAAAACAAGAAACUUCAAGCAGAUUUGAAUGCAGCCUUGGCACGAUUAGCUGCUUUUACAAAGUGUAUGUCCUCUCUUCAGGAUGACCGGGACAGGGUAAUCACUGAAAUGAAAACCUGGGAAAUGCAGUUCAAAGAGGCCAUCCAAAAUAAAGAGAAACAGAUAGAAGACAGUAAUAAAAGAAUAAUGUCUCUACAAGAUGAAUUGAAAGACAAAAUUACUCAGAUUCAAGAAUUGAAUAUCAAAUAUUCUGUGGUGGAGGAGACAAAGGACGAACUGUAUUUGAGGCAAAAAUCUGUUGAUAUACAACAGAAUAGUAAAAGUGCAGGAAGAGAGAUAAAAGCUCUGGAAAGUAAUUUUACAAGACAGGAACAAGAAUUGCAACAGCUUCUAGCUGAGAAGGAAAAAAUUAAUGCUGAAUUGCAAAAGCAGAUCACCAUUUCUGAGCAAAUGAAGAUCAUGCUAAAUAAUAAAGACAAAGAAAUUUCUUUACUCAUUUCUUCAAAAGGUGAUGAAAUUUCUGACUAUCUGAUUCAGGUACAGACUCAACACACAAAACAAAUCAAAGAGUAUGAACUUCAGUUAAAGUCUUUGCAGACAGAAAGACAACACUCUGAGGAGUCCUGUCAGAGGAUGGAAAAUGAAUUGAGAAAUCUCCAGAUGAAAGCAGACAAAGCAGGUCAAGAUAAGGCUGCAAUUGCCAGUGAAAUAGAUGCCUUUAAAAAAUCAAUGUCAUCUCUUCAGAAUGAUCGGGAUGAUCUUUUUUCUAAAUACAAAGAGCUAGAACAUCUUCACCAGGAUGUCUUAAAUCAGCGGGACAGUCUUAUAGUUGGCAAUGCAAGCGAGAAUAAUGCUUUGAAACAAGAAAUAAGGAUACUUCUCAAUCAGAUAGAUGAUCUUCAUUCUGAAAAUGCAAUGCUAAGUGCACAGCUGAUAAAGUAUAGGGAAGAUCUUAACCAAGUUUUAUCUCUGAAAGACCAUCAGCUGAAAGACUUACUUAAGCAGAAAUUGGAUUGUAUUAAAAGCCUUGAGCAAGAAAAAUAUGAUCUUCAAAAACAAAUAAAAGAAAUACAGCUUUCCAGUGAACUGCAAAAGGAUGCUGCUGUAUCAUUGGGACUUGAAAAUAAAAAGUUAUUGUCUAAAGUAAAUGAUUUAGAAUCUUUAAUUGCAUCAUUAAACAAACAGAAGCUGGUUUCUGAGUCUGGAGAGAAACUGCUAACUAGUGAUAAUGUUCAGAAAAAAGAGUGUGUAUCAAAUGGCCAGUAUGGAGAAAACCUUCAGAAGAAGGUUCAAGAACUCCAGAAAUCAAGAGGCAGAAAUACUAAGGAUGCAGAUGAGGAAUACAGUAAGACUCUUUUGACACUUGAACGUGGAGAUGAACCCGAUGCAUUUGCAGAGAUGAUAUUCCAAGUUCAGUCUCAAAAUAGUGAGCUGAGGUCCCAAAAUGAGGCCUUUGGGAAAGCAAUGACUGCUCUGCAAAAUGAUAGAGAUAGGAUAAUAGAGGAGUUAAAGGUGCUUCAGAGCAAAUACACAUCUGAACUCAAGACUGAAAAAAAGAAAGGAGAUGAACUUGAAGCUGAAUUGGAUGGCUUUAAAUUACAUCUUAUCAGUACACUCAAAGAAAAUGCUCUUCUGAAUCGGGCUAUUCUUGAUGCUGCAGAUAAGGUUACACUUGAUCAGAUUGCUAAUGAAAUUGAAAAUCUCUGUAGGACAUUAGUCAGUCGAGAGAUGGAGGUUAGCAGGCUCUCAUCUGAGUGUGGGAGUUAUGUUCACCAGAUUGAAGCGUUUUCCAAGGCUAUGGCCAGUCUUCAGGAUGACCGAGACAAAUUACUGCAGGAACUCAGCAAUCAGAAGGCUAAAGAAGGAGCCAGCCUUGCAACUGUUGAAAUAUCAAAACUGAAGACCAAGGUUGAUGAUUUGGAGAAGGCAUUGCAUCAGACAAAAGCCUUCCAAGCAGAAGCUGAGAGAGAGAUUGCAUCAUACCAGAAUGAGCUUGCUGGAUUAAGGUAUAGGUGUUAA